AUGCGAAAGGUAAUUAUCUGGGUUUAUCUGAUUUCACUAGGAGCGAGUUCCAAAUAUUAUACAGUCCAUGAAAAAGAAACAUUAGUUCCUACCUACAGUGACAAAGUUUUUUACAAAUAUAUUGUACCAAAUGGACCAUACACCGAUGAAGAUGAAAUCGAAGAAAAGGACAAACGAUUUGAUAGAACUAAAGAUCCACCACUUAAGCAACCUUUACCGAAACCCGAUCUUCAAGCUCUGUUUUCCAGCAGUCCGCUACUCAAUGCUAUAUUGCUCAGCAGUAACCUCCAUAUACCAUCCAAAAACGUACCACCAAACCAUCCAGAUUUGCUGCCUAUCAAUCCUUACAUAGCACUUUUGUUAUCACAAUACGGGCGGUAUGUACCUAUAUACGGAGCUGGAAGGGGGAUCUAUGCCUACCAGGCUACAAACGACUACCACAAUAACAAACCGUUUGGUGCCUACAAGAUAUACCACGAUAAUUACUAAAAUUAGGAAUAUCGUACUUUUAUGGCUUGCGUGUUCAAAAUAAGCUAAGAAUGAUUUUUUUCUGCAGUUUCAGCCACGAAGGACCACAAAAAUUUUCAGAAUUUCAGUUUGUUGCAAAUCUUUUUUAACUUGGCUUACCUAUUUUAAAUUGGUGAUCUUAUGAUUGAAAAGUGUGCUUCCGGCGAAAUUCUUUAUUGUCUUUGGUUAAAGAAUUUUCUCAAAAUUUUACUUUUUUCAUUUCAAGUAAGCUUAUAACGAUAUGAUUUGAGCAUUUUAUUAGCUUGUUCCUUUUUCCUUUUUUAUGUAAUUUCCCGGUGGCGCCCAAAAUCCCGACAGCCAAAAUCCCGACGGCCAAAACACCGACAUGCAACAAUCCUCGCAUAAGCAAAAAUCCCGACCACUACAUUUUGAAUAUUUAUGGUUUCCUUUUCCAAUGCAAUACCAAAUCAUAUUAUAGAGUAUUGAAAUUGAAAAAUUAAUUACUUACCAAUAAGUACGGGUACUAAUUAUGAUGUAUUUUAAAUGAAAAAAUCAUUAAACACUUCAUUUUAUAAUAUAAAAGCUAUACUUACUGAAAUGGAAGGUUGUAAGUGACAUGAUAAUAUCUAUUAUAUGAAAGUAAACUUGAAUUCAGGUUUUAAUUAUACA